AUGAAUAGGGUGAAGAAUGAUAAAACUAUCACUUCCUGGGAGUCGAGGUCCCGGAUGCCCCCUCUCUCAGUAAAUAUUCUCAACCGAGAGAGCGAAAAUAGAACAGGGCGAGAAAAUGAACAAAGAAACUCUGAACGAUUAGUAUCUGGUCGAAGUCUCUUCCAUUCAUCUACGGUUUCGACACCGCUGCUCUAUCAGCCACCCGAUCCGCCGAGAGUAUAA